UCUAGAAUUACAGAACUAGAACUAAAGAACAUGAAGAUGAUGGACUCCAUUGUUGGGAGAAACUGGACACUGACCUUCCUGGCCGGGACUCUGCUCUGGACCACCUGCUGCCUAGCUGCUCCCAUGCACUGUCACUUCAACUCUAAAGCCCUGUGUGUGUACGAGGGGAGACACUACUCCAUGGGGGAGUCCUGGAUGGAGGACGGCUGUCUGCAGUGUACCUGUCUGCACCCCAUGGGCGUCGGCUGCUGUGAGACGGUGCAUCGCCCGGUAGACUUCCCAGCUUGGUGCGAGGCUCGGGUGGACGUUUUAACCUGUAAAGUGACCCUGGUGCAGAGCGCUGACCCUCGCCUGCCCUGCCUCCCUGGGAAUGGACACAACCUGGGCCCCAGCCACAGCUCACGGGACAACAACUACCUGCAGAUGGUGGAGUAGACCGGGACCCCGGUCGGACAGUGGAGGGACGGCCUCAUUGGAAUGAAUGUCGCCAUUACAAUGAGCCUGUCCUCCGAUUUAAAGUGGCACCAGCCUCCACUGAAGUCGCAAGAUCAACUCCCUCCACCACCGACCAUGUCAGUGUAAUCUAACGGUCCAUUCUCACUUCAGUUGCAGAUCAGUGAUCAGUUGACAUUUAAACCGCAUGAAUAUUACAAUACCAUAAGCAGUAAAUGAUACUCAGUUGGAAAGCAGAGGUGAGCCCACAUAAUGGAAUCCCUCAUUUACCACCCUGUAAUGCACUACUGUAAAGCUUUUAUAGUAAUAUAUAACAAUUGUUGU